AUGAAGUUGACUACCAUUCUUCUGUCUGUUGGCGCCAUCUUCUUAGGCUCAGCUGAUGCGUGGUGGUGCACCUCCUACGGCAAACAGGCAAUUCACCCGAGCUGCAAGGCUUUGUAUCCGGAACGCAAUACUUUUUGCUGCAGUGCAGGACAUGGAGGAGACCGAAACAUCUGGCGAGGAGACUGCUUGAUGUCCUACGACGCCCCUUGUGGCGACGGCGGUUUCGAAGCAUGUCCUUGA